AUGACCAAGAACAAGAAGUACGAGUCGGACGAGGAGGACUUUCCAGAGGUCAAGGUCAAGCACGGCGAGAGUAUGUUGGUUGUCGCCGACAUCAUCAAGCAUGUCAAGGCGCGCCCAAACGACUUCCUCACCUCCCUUCCUGUGGGAGCCAUCACCACCAACACACCCGCCGCGAGGUUGGCCAAGCUUGACGAGAUCCUCAUCGACCUCGCCCAGAAGUUUGAUCUCUCCCCCGACCUCGUCAAGCCCGGCGAGGCGCACCGCCGCCAGAAGCGCACUGACGAGUUCUGGCUGCUCGAGGCGCGCGCGCCGGCUGAGCUGGGCAAGCGCAAGGCGAUAAGCCAGGGCAACGGCGCCGCGAGCAAGACCGCCAAGCUUGACCCCGAGUCGCCGACGCCUCGCUCUGACACGCCUUCCUUUGCUGACCGCUUCUGA